CUAUUCAAACAAGCCAUGCGCUACUGGGAAAACUUUACGUGCAUUAAGUUUGUCGAACGAGAUGCCAAACUGCACUCCAACUACAUUUAUUUCACGGUGAAGAGUUGCGGUUGCUGUUCAUUUCUGGGGAAGAACGGCAGUGGGCGACAGCCCAUCUCCAUAGGCCGUAACUGUGAAAAGUUCGGCAUCAUCAUACACGAGCUAGGCCACACCAUUGGCUUUCAUCAUGAGCACGCACGUGGCGAUCGGGACAAGCACAUCAUCAUUAACAAGGCAAACAUAAUGCGUGGUCAGGCCUACAAUUUCGACGUACUAUCACCAGACGAGUUUGACGAGCCGCUCCAGCCCUAUGACUAUAAUUCCAUUAUGCACUAUGCGAAAAACUCAUUCUCAAAGAGCUCAUAUCUGGAUACAAUCACGCCUAUUGGUUUACCUCCUGGCACCCAUAUCGAGCUGGGUCAACGACGUCGCCUCAGUCGUGGCGAUAUUUUGCAGGCCAAUCUUCUGUAUAAGUGUGCUGCUUGUGGGCGCACUUUUCAGCAGAACGCGGGGCAGAUUGUGGGACCCCAUUAUGUCUACACCGGCAACGAUCUGCGCAGCGAGUACGAGGGCAGUGGUGAUGUAGGCGAACAAGCCGCUGGUGCUGAAGCCGAUGCUUCCCUUAGCAACUGUGAGUGGCGUAUAACGGCCACAAACGGUGAGCGUAUCAUUCUGUAUCUGCAGGAGUUGCAGCUGCUCUCUUCGGAGAACUGUACACACGACUACUUGGAAAUUCGUGAUGGUUAUUGGCAUCGGUCGCCGCUUGUGCGACGCCUCUGCGGCAACUCUAGCGGCGAGGUCAUCACCACCGAGACGAGUCGCAUGCUGAUCAAUUACGUAAAUCGCAACGCGGCUCUUGGAUACAGGGGAUUCAAGGCGCGUUUUGAGGUGGUUUGUGGUGGAGACCUUCACUUGAACAGGGACCAGUCCAUAGACUCCCCCAACUAUCCGCUAGAAUACAUGCCUGGUAAGGAAUGCAUUUGGCGUAUUACCGCCCCGCCACACCACCAGGUGGCGCUUAAGUUUCAGUCGUUUGAGCUGGAGAAGCACGAUAGCUGCAUCUAUGACUACAUUGAAAUACGCGAUGGUAGUCGGAGCGAAUCGAAGUUGAUCGGACGUUUUUGUGGGGACAAGCUGCCGCCAAACAUUAAGACUCACAGCAAUCAAAUGUACAUUAGGUUCGUGUCGGAUGGCUCCGUGCAGAAACUGGGCUUCUCCGCCGCCCUAAUGCUGGACGUAGACGAAUGCAAGUUUAUGCAGCAUGGAUGUCAACACGUCUGCAUUAAUACCUUGGGCAGCUACCAGUGUGGCUGUCACGCCGGCUACGAGCUCCAGGCCAAUGGGAAAACAUGCGAAGAUGCAUGCGGCGGCAUUGUUAAUGCUACAAUGUCAAAUGGUACACUUUAUUCGCCUUCGUAUCCUGAUUUAUACCCCAACGCCAAGGAGUGUGUGUGGGAGGUAGUGGCUCCAGUGCAUCACGCAGUAUUUCUUAACUUUACACACUUUGAUCUGGAGGGCACCAAUUUGCAGUACACCAAAUGCAGCUAUGACUAUCUUAUUAUCUACUCAAAGAUGCGCGAUAACAGGCUAAAGAAGAUUGGCAUAUACUGCGGCAACGAACUGCCUCCGAUUAUAAACUCUGAACAAAAUAUUCUGCGGAUUGAAUUUCAUUCGGAUCGCACGGUUCAGCGGAGCGGCUUUGCGGCACAGUUCAUACUGGACGAGGAUGAGUGUGCAGUAAACAACGGUGGCUGCCAACACAGAUGCCGGAACACCUACGGUGCAUACCAGUGUAGCUGCAGGAAUGGAUACGACCUUCACAAGAAUGGCCACAAUUGCACGGAGACCAAGUGCAAGUUCGAAAUUACAUCGUCUUAUGGGGUGCUCCACAGUCCCAACUACCCGAACGACUAUGCGCGCAACAUUUAUUGCUACUGGCACUUCCAGACCGUACUCGGACAUCGCAUACAACUCACCUUCCACGACUUUGAAGUGGAGAGCCAUCAGGAAUGCAUAUAUGACUAUGUGGCCAUUUACGAUGGACGAUCCGAGAAUAGUUCUACUUUGGGCAUCUACUGUGGCGGCCGGGAACCCUAUGCUGUAAUUGCCUCCAGCAAUGAGAUGUUCAUGGUGCUGAAGACGGAUGCAGGCCUUCAGCGAAAAGGCUUCAAGGCUUCGUUUGUAUCCGAGUGCGGAGGCUACUUGCGUGCCACCAAUCAUUCCCAGAUUUUCUACUCACAUCCGCGUUACGGCAGCCGACCAUAUAAGCGCAACAUGUACUGCGACUGGCGCAUUGAGGCUGAUCCAGAUAGCAGCGUAAAAAUUAAGUUUCUUCACUUUGAAAUCGAAUUCUCUGAGCGCUGUGACUAUGAUUUUCUUGAAGUCACCGAGGAGGGCAACGCUAUGAAUAUUAUACAUGGGCGAUUUUGCGGCAAACGGAAGCCGCCUAUUAUUGUUUCCAACUCAGACACGCUUUUAUUGAAGUUUCAAACGGACGAGAGCAACUCACUGCGCGGAUUUGCCAUAUCCUUUGUGGCAGUCGAACCACCGGAUGACGAUGGUGGCGAGGAGUUUGAUGCGGUUACACCUUUUCCUGGCUACCUUAAGAAUAUGUAUGCUGAAACGGCGGUAGGCGAAGACCAGUCGGUUCAACGCACACAAUUUUUGCCGCCCAGCAGACUAAUAUAA